AGGUUGUCGCGAAACCCCCACUAAGUUCCCGUGACUAUAGUGAGGGAGCGACAUUUUGAUUUUCCCUACCCAAGAAACACAUUUUCCGUCCAGUUGGACCAUUUUGGAAAAUAAAACCCCUUCCUUUCGUUCUUUCAUCGCGGCUCAGUACGCUUACAUUUUUUGCUACCUUUUUUCUUGUCUAGCUGAAAAGUCAUGGACGCGAUUUUACCAUUCACGCCGGCAGAUGACUGCACGCCGAUACAAUUGGUGGUGGUCACCUGCAUUUACGGUGGAGUGCUUUUCUCAGCGGCCGGAAUGAUCGGAGAUGGGUACUUUGCUUCUUGGAAUGAUUUGCUUUCGCGAUGAAACAAAAUUGAAAUUGCCGUCCCGAAAAGUAAAGGUUUUCUUGCCUGAUGUAGUUCGUCUUCGUUUUCUGAUGCUCUACUGAAGGUAAAGUAGGGGCUACUUUCGUCGAGACGUAUAAGUAGAUACGGAAAAAAAAUCAUCGUGACUCUGAGCAAGAAUUUGGUUAAUUUUAUCAAAAUAAACAUACAGAUCUGAGCUCCUGCUGCUGGUGCCGGCCUACGCGGACUUGGUCGGUUCGGUGGUUCUCCCCGUGCUGGGCGCCGUUCCUGACGGGAUGAUGGUGCUGUUUUCCGGGUUAGGCCCCCGGCUGGACGCGCAGGAUCAGGUUAGCGUCGGGGUGGGUGCCCUGGCCGGAUCCACCAUUAUGCUGUUGACCAUGGCCUGGUUUUGCGGGGCCUGGGGCGGCCGGGUGUCCAUUGACGCGAACGGGCAGCCCAAGUACACAGCUCCAAAACUCGACCCGCCAGAGUCCUCCUCCAUGAACGGCACGGGGUACAAGGUCGGACCCAAAAUCCGGAAGAACGCCAUCGUAUUGUUUACUGUGUUUUUCUCCUGCGUGUUUUUUGAUGUACUGCCUUCUUCGCGUUCUACUUCUAAAUUGAUUCUAUCUUCUUGCCAAUGCUAGGUGCUGAUAAAUGCGAGUAGAUGAAAGAUUUUCAUUUUUCAGCAGGGUUUAACCCGAAAUAAACGUAUGUUACUAAAUUCAGGUGAUGAUCAUCACCUGCAUUUUGUACGGGUUCGUGCAAAUUCCGGCCCUGAUGGUUCCGUCCGAUGCGGAGCUGGCCGAGGAAGCCAAGGCAAAGGGCAGCACCGUGUUCGAUUUGAAGUCGGACUUCAUCAACAAGGAGGCCAUGAUUGGUCUCGGCGCCUGCGUCGUCUGCUUCUUCGCCUACCUGUACCUGCAAACCAUCAAGGACGAGGACUCGGCGAAAUCCGACGGCGACAAGCUGGCCAACCUGCGCUACGAGUCGAUCAAGAACGGAAAAGUUACCCUCCGCGGCGCCAUGGAGGGCGUGAUCAAGGAGAGUGGCAAGGGCAAGGACGCGAACCUGCUCGAGAUCACGGAGGGGGAGAAGGGCGAGGUGAAGCGCGUGCUGAAGCCCUUUUUCACCUACUACGACGCGGACAGGUCCGGCAGCAUCAACCGCAUCGAAUUCUCCAAACUCAUGUCGGACCUGCGCGAGCCACUAGACACCUAUCAAAUGUAAAAAUGUCUGGGUCUGGAAGAUUGCCGGGUUUGUCAUGCACAUUUCGCAUGACUCCUCAAGUCUGUGAUGCAUGCCCUAGCAUCACAGAUUUUUAGAGGGCUUCCUGAUGCCUAUUCCGCAUGACAAAUGCUCUUUCCGUGCUGCAAAAUUUGGACUCUCUUUGCUGCUCAUGCAAUACAGAUUUUUUUAGAAUCCAAAAUCAGCAUGACCAGUUGGAUUCUUCCAGACCCAGACAUUUUUGCAUUUUAUAACACCGACGCGGAAACGAAUCUGUUUAAGAUGGCGGACGUGGAUAACAGCGGCAUGAUCGAAUUCAACGAGUUCGUCUCGCUCAUGAUCAAAUACUUGAAGGGCGGCUUCGCCGGCACAACCAAGCGCGCCAUGCAGAGCGAGGUAAAGUUUCUGCCGCAUUCAUUUUGCCGCAUUUCAAUUUUUGCUCCUGCGGCACUUUUCUGCAUAGAAGGAAGUUUUUUACUGUUUCAGCUGGAUGGUGGAGGAGGUUCUAUGAUCUCUCUGCGAGGUCGUGGUUUUUAGUAAAAAUCAAUCCGAUUUCUUCUUGGUAGUACCUUCAUAUGAGCAGUCGUUCUUAUCACAACUACUUCCACAGAAAAAAUCGCCUGCACUUUUCUCAUCGCAGGUAGCGAAGGUUGAGCGUGUCCUGACCGCGCAGGCGACGCCACGCGAAGCGGAGGAGGGCGACGAGGAUGACGAGGAGGAGGAGGAAGAGAUGCCCGAGGACCUGCAGGGCCUUACGCCCGAGCAGCAACAGCGGGCGUUGGUGAUGCGGUCGUGCUGGCAGAUGGGCAUAGGGACGGUGCUGGUCUUGGUCUUUUCCGACCCCGCGGUGGAUGUGCUCAACGAAAUCGGAAAGCGCACGGGCAUCCCAGCCUUCUACGUUUCCUUCGUGCUCGCUCCCUUCGCCUCCAACGCCAGUGAGUUGGUCGCCACCUACAAAUACGGCUCCAAAAAUAUUCUGAGGAAAAAUCCCCCCUCCCCAUAUCGAAAAGGUAUGUUUCCGAAAAUCUGCGUUGCUGAUUUGAGGUGACAAAUCACGUCUGUCUUGCAAGAAGACAAGCGCAGAGGCUUCCGCACCAUUAUGGAAGCGAUUUGGCAUGCUGUUGCGCCUAGGGGACACCCGUUUGCAGUGCUAAGCAACUAGACCCAUACGCCCCUACCUAGGCCGAGGAUCUGGCUGCGAUGCCUUACUGCAAGACAAAUCCGAUUUGUGGACCCAAAUCCUGCAUCACAGACUUCCCAUUUGAUAUGGGGCGAGGGGAUUUUUCCUUUUGAUAAAAAAGACAGUGUCGAGCAUGACCAUCUCCCUCUCGACCCUGCUCGGCGCGGCAUGUAAAAUUUUGUUUCAUACUUUGGAAUUUUUAUUUGUUGAUGUCUGUUUUUGUUUGUCAUUGACAUUGUCUUUGUCAUGUUUUAUGUGUGUGCUUUGAUUUUCAGCGGGACCGGGAGAAAUGAAGCGAAAUUUCUCUAUACAACGAUGAUCUAUCAGGUAUGAACAACACUUUCUGUCUGGCGAUUUUCUACGCUCUUGUGUGGCUGCAGCGGCUUUGCUGGACUUUCACUGCGGAGGUGGCCGUGAUUGUGCUGGUCCAAAUCCUGGUGGGCAUCAUCGCAAUGAAGUCCGUCAUGCGACUGCGGGACGCCUACAUCAUUCUGUCGCUGUACCCACUCAGUCUGGUGUUCGUGUGGGUCUGCAACAACAUCUUCAACAUUCCGUAAGCGGGAGGAGCAAGUUGAAGUAAAUUUUUCAUCACCGCGCGACUUUUUUUGAUCUACGACCACCCGACACAGCCGUUGGCGCUUCCACUUCGAGCAGAGACAAGACACGGAUGGUUAUCAGUCAUUUUUUUCCACUCUUAGAGUAAGAGAAAACACGAGAUGGUGCAGCUUUGAGAAUACAGGUAUCUAUGUUCUCUGGUCUCGUGGUCCUGCGGAUUGCAAUACUUCAUCGCUAAGGUGGAAGUAGGCUGAAGUCGAAGUUAGUAGGAGAACCCCCGCCCAAGAACGUCCCGUCGCGCGUUUUUUCAUAAAGCCACAAGUAUCACCCUAAAUGAGUACACUACGUUCGUCAACACGCAUCACGUGGCUACUUUUUUUAUCUCCAAAGAAGCUCGUGCUCGUCUUUUUACCUUAUUGCGCUCCUACGUUCACUAAACUUUACGCAUUGAUUACGCAUAGAAAAAUUAUGUCGCUAUAUAUGCUAAUACUCAGCGCUACAAAAUAUCAAUAUCGCGGAGUUUCCGGGCCAUUUAUCCGGUUCUGGGCGACGCGAAAACGGAAUGCAAAUGUGAAUAUUAUACUUAAUCCGUAGAAAAUAACAAAAGCGCAAAAAUAAAUUUUGGUGCAGUUCCAAAUAGUAGUCUGGAGCUGUGAAAAGAAUAAAAGAAACAAAGCGGAGCUUUUGCGCAUGUACUGGAUAUCGGGCUCGGUGGCCGUGGACCUGUUUGUUCGCUGAAAAACAUCGCACGCGUAGGUCGCUGUUUUAGCUUCAG